AUUUGGGAGGGACGCGGAUAUGAAAGCUUAGUCGAUCCCUUUGCCUUGCAACGAAAAUUACUUGGACAACGGAAAGUAAGUUAGCCUGUUAGUUCGCUGUCGUGCGGAUUCGUUUUCUAGUGUGUUAUGCGUAACUUUAAGUGUCAGAUGUAAGGUGUACUACUCGGUUUAUGCCUUACCUUCGUGGCUCCCUGUUCUGCUGAGUUGGGAUAACUUUUCAGCUGAGCUGCAGCGGCGGUUUGGGAUCCGCUGAUAAGAAGAAGGAGUCGACCAUGGAUUGGGGCACGGAGCUCUGGGAUCAGUAUGACGUCAUUGAAAAGCACACGCAGUCUGGGUUGGAUCUGGUGGAAAAAUAUAUAAAAUUUGUUAAGGAACGCACAGAGAUUGAGCAAACCUACGCCAAGCAACUAAGGAAUCUAACCAAGAAGUACAGUCCCAAACGAGGCAGCAAGGAGGAGCACGAAUGCAGGUUUUCAAAUCACCAGUCCUUCCUGGACAUUCUGAACGAGAUGAAUGACUACGCUGGGCAGAGAGAACUGAUUGCUGAGAACAUGAUGAUGAACAUCUGCAUCGAACUCACCAAGUACCUGCAGGAGCUCAAACUGGAGCGCAAGACGCAUCUAUCAGACGGCAAAAAGGCUCAGCAGUCUCUGGAGAGCACCUACAAGCAGCUUGACAAUAGUAAAAAACGCUUUGAGAGAGAGUGGAGAGAGGCAGAAAAAGCAGCACAGUAUGCAGAGAAGACAGAUCAGGACAUCAAUGCUACAAAAGCCGAUGUGGAGAAGGCCAAACAGCAGGCGCAUAUGCGCACACACAUAGCGGAGGAGUGUAAGAAUGACUACGCUGCCCAGCUGCAGAAGUACAACAAGGAGCAGAGCCAGUUCUACUUCACUGAUAUGCCUCUUAUAUUCAAUAAGUUGCAGGACAUGGAUGAGAGGCGCAUGCGGAAGUUAGCACAGGCCUACAUCCUGUAUGCGGACACAGAGAGGCACGUCAUGCCCAUCAUAGGGAAGUGCCUGGAGGGCAUCACCAGGGCUGGCACCAAUGUCAACGAGAAGAAUGACUCCUUGGUUCUCAUAGAGCAGCACAAGUCAGGCUUCGAGCGGCCCGGCGACCUGGAGUUUGAGGACUACAGUCAAGGCAUUAACCGAGCCUCCUCUGACAGCAGCCUGGGCACCCCCAAGGGUCCUCUGGAUCUGCUGGGCAAAAACAAAAGCAAACCAUUCUGGCUGUUCAGCAAGAAGAGCAAGCCUUCCUCCUCCCCGCUCACUCCCUUCUCCACACCCCCUGCUCCCUCACCCGCUAACGGACCCCCUUCUCCCAAGUUUGGCCGGGACCCCCUGUCGUACUGUUUGAAGGAGAUCAAUAAGACAGUCAAACCCCGAAUCUCCUCCUUCCGGACCCUCCGUAGAACGCCGGCUGCCACAGAGGACUUUGGCCACCUCCCGCCGGAGCAGCGCAGGAAGCGGCUGCAGCAGAAAAUCGAUGACAUCAGUAAGGAGCUACAGAAGGAACUGGAUCAGAGUGAGGCUCUGGGAAAGAUGAAAGACGUAUAUGAGAAGAAUCCUCAGAUGGGCGAUCCUGCCAGCUUGGCCCCACAGAUCACCCAGACUACCCACAACAUCGAGAGGCUUCGGGGAGAGCUCAGCAAAUACGAGUCGUGGCUCGCGGGAGCUGGAGGUCGAGGAGACACUCUCCGUUACUCCACUCACUCACUGAACAACAAUACUGGCAACAAUGUGUACAGUCCUGAUGGAGCCCAGUCAGAUGAGAGCACCCCUGAUGCCUCCCAGGCCAUCUAUGCAGAGUUUGACGAUGACUUUGAGGAAGAGGAGCUGUCUACUCCUAUUGGCCAAUGCACAGCACUCUACAACUUUCCAGGCUCCAGUGAGGGCACCAUCUCCAUGCAGGAGGGUGAGGUUCUUUCUGUGGUGGAGGAAGACAAGGGCGAUGGCUGGACGAGGGUGCGGCGAAACAAUGGUGAUGAGGGCUACAUCCCCACCUCCUACGCCAACAUCACGCUCAACAAGUGACCCAUUACACCCCCCCCACGCAGCUGCUGUACAGCGCCACCCCCCCAGCCCUGGAGCAACUCCCUAUAACGGCUCAUCAUCCGCCCCAGACCGCUGCUCUCUUCAGGGUGCUGAGAAAGAGAGAGACAGAGAGAGAUGGAGGAUACUCUUGUAUGUGGACUUUAUUCUGACAGGUUCUGGUCAGGUCAGCGAGUGAGAAAGUUGGAACCAUUUCGUGCAUUUUUCUUUCCACUCCAUCCCUCAGCCUUUCCCGUUCAUCAAACAAAGACAAACCGCGGAGGGAAUUGGGUUUGGAUGCUUUAGGCAAAUAGGAUGCAUCCAUACGACACGUUUCACAAAGUGUGCAUGGAAUCGGACAAAUGAUUAAUUCAUCAGCUUGAGGCUACCUUGUCAGCGCCGAUCAGAAGAUGAUUACCUGUAACCAUAGCUACCCUCUCUCUGUCCCAUGCCUUGACCUUCCUGUUGUCCUCACAGUUUUUCAGUUUAAACAUUCACUCAGACAUAAUGCAAAGGCCAUUGCGCGCUGCUCCUUUGCAAAUGCUUGCCUACGUGUGCAAUUAUAAUGGAAUGAUUGAGCGUCUGUAUGAAAGAGAGACAGAGAGAGAGAGAGAGCACAUUAGAAACCAGUUGAUAAGGUCAAACAUUUCUUCAUUUAUAAAUAUUAAUGGAGUAUUAAAUACUACAUACCCUGCAAUGCAAGACUGUUAAGACAAUCAGCACCAUAUUUAAAGGGGAAUACCAUCAAUGCAUCAAAAUUUCUGCAUAAUUUAAUGGCUGACAUUAGAGGUGGGCAAUAUGGCAAAAUGUGAUAUUUCAACACUUCAAGAAGUUUUCAUGAUGUUUAACGUCACAAUUUCUAUUUUUUCUGACAUCUGAUACAUUGGAAAAUAAGAUAAGUAGUGCCACAUUUAAAAAAAAAAACACUCAAAAACUAUAAAUACGAUGAUUUAAAGUCAAUAUUUUGCAUACAGUUCAGCACUAAAUCCAAUUAAACAGGUCUUAUGCUCUGCAAUGAAACAUGCAGAUGGGAAGUGUUAAGUACUGACUGCUCAGCAGAGUAUAUUGUGACACAUUGUGAAGUAAUUUAUCACAGUAACGGUAAAUAUUAUCAUAUUGCCCAACCAUAGUUGAUUCAAUCAGUCGUUCAGAGUGGUUUCUUAUUAAAUAGUUUGUUGUAGAAAAACUUGCCUACUCAGAUUUCUUAACACGGUGGUGAUGGGAACCAGGGGAUGCGUCUACAGUGCAAAUAUAGCCUUUUUAUUGGUGAACCAAUAAAUUGCUGUUGGCGGAUCAAAACCUUGUAUAUCCAAAAUGGCAACUUUACCGGAGAAGGAAAGAACAUACUUUACUUUUAAUUCAAGUCAAUUUUUUUUUUGGUCCAUUUAUCAUGAAAUUUACACACAAUGUAAAGGACAACAGGCAUUUUGAAAUUAUAUCAAAAACUGAAAAACGACAUAAACGGAGAUGCAAGAUUUGUCCCGACAGAAGUGAAAUGCUUUACAGUGCUGUUCAUGUUCCUCUCCACCUUGAAUGGAUUUUAAAAUAUUCAUUUAGACCAAAAACUAACACAAAACGGUGUCUCAGCCAUCACAGAAUAAGGUAGAAUCAUUUCAUAAAAAGCUUUUAGCAUAUAACACUUUAGAUGUCUGGUUCCUGUCAUCACCACACACACACAUUUUAUAAGCCGCUUAUGCUUCUGGUUCGCGGGGGGAGGUGGAGCCUAUCCCAGCGGUCAUUGGGCGGAAGGCAGGAAUCUGGCCAUCACUAUUGUCCAUAAUUCUGACUUUUUAAGUUUCUGUAGAACUGUGCAUUUCACAACAACCUACUCUGAAUCAUUUUCUUUACAUCCUAAUCAUGUUAUUAUGCAGAAAUUUAAAAAAAUUGGUGAAAUUCUUCUUUAAGCUCCUCUAAUUUCAUGACAGCUUAUUACAGUUCCAUCUACAGAUUUUUUGCAAAGAAAAUAUACGAUUUUGUGCUGAGAGAUCAUAAGUUAUUCAUUGUUUUAAAAAGGAAUAUUAAAUAUUGUGUGGUCACAUGUCCAUAAAAGAUUACUGCACACAACACAGUUUAUCAGCAAUUAAUGUGUAAAUAAAUAAAAGAAAACUAAAGAUGUGCAACAUUUAGGACUUUCAUAUUUAUGUAUAAGAAAUAAUAUAUUUUAGAUAUCACAACACCACUAUUGUCUUACUAGCGUUUUGUCCAUAAGGAAUAAGGAGUGUAGUCUGAGCCGAUUCCUGUAUGCAGUAGUUAAUGGUGAGGAAGACGCGUUGGGAUAUUGUAUCGCUGUAGUUUGCCUGAUUGAGCCAGAGUCUGUGCUCUACAUGCGAGGCAGGUUCUUAUGUCCAGGUGCCUUCUAGUUAAGCAUUGUGUAUGUAACAUUUACAGUACAGCUGUCUACUGUCCCUAGAGACUUUAUAAAUGUCGAGCACAUUUCCCAGA